GGAAGGAGGUGCGAUGUCCUCUUUUCUGGUGGUGCUGUGUGUGUGUGCAGAUCUCUUCGUCAAGGGCAAGAUCACGGCGUGACUGUCACUGUGACUCAUUCGGUGUCGUUAUGGGGACGUCGUGGAGAUAUGCUCCUUUCUGGUGUAGUUAUGGGAGGGCCGGCUGCUAUACUGCUCACGGUAUUCCUACAGCUCUUCGGCCUCUGCUCUUCUGCCGUUGUCAGCGCACCGCCAUGAACGGUGAGGUAUCCACGUUCACUUUCGCACGCCCCUCCCUCAUACACUGGCUGAGAUCUGCCACUUGUGCUGAUUUGCAGCCGGUCUGACUCCUGGGUGGCGAGCGUUCCUUCUGCGUGGCCUUCACGACCACUGGGACGAUGUCGAGCUCGAUCGCCAUCGCUCUCAGUCGCUGGUUGACCCGACGGACGUGACCGCGCCACCGAAGCAUCGCCAAGCGUGGCUCACCGCGGCGAGUGCCGAGCGCAUCACGGGUCAGCAGGGGUGGCAGCUGGCGCUCCUCCCGGCGGCCAUCGACCAGGACGCCCGGGAGCGGCCCCCCUUCCGCCACCUGUUCCGGCUGCAAGUGUUCCGCAAGCCGGCGAUGGACAUGCAUGAGGAGCAAGCCACCAACUUCAACGACGAGUGCAGAGUGCGUGUGUACAAGGAAGGGCGGCUGGUGUGUCAGGUGCCUUAUGUGCCGGUCAAGAAGAGCAAAAAGGGCGACAAGCUGUGCGCGACGUGCGUGGUGCCGUGUGCUGAUGGCACCGGCGGCAUCUGCGGCAAGCAGAACACCUUCGGCAACGUCGUCAACUCGCACCUGCGCAAGACACACAAACUGACCAACGAGGAUGCGCAGGUAUGUGUGUGAGGACAUGUCUGCACACGGACGGCUCCAUGUGUGCCGUGUUGUGCUGCGUGGUGCCUGCAGCGGCUUCUUGCCUCUCUUGGGCUAUCGGCGCCGAUGCGAUGCGGUGCGGGAGAUGGAUUGAAUGUGUUGUCUAUCCACCGUGUCGGUCAUUCCGCAGAUGUGUACCACGACCAUGGGUCGCUGCAAGGUCAGGGAGCAGCCGACGAAUAUGCAGCAGGUGAGUGGGUGGAGAUGCCUGCAUGGGCAAAUGUGUAACGGUCGACUGUGUGUCUGCUAUAGGUGACGCUGGGUGGUCCGGUGUGAGUCAUCCACCAAUGGCUGCGGGCCAGCCGAUUAUGUUUGCCGGCUCGGUGAUCUACCCGUCCACCGACGACGAGAGCGCACCGUGAGUCGGCACAUGCGACGCGUGCACAUGGCAUAUGGCAGUAUGUGUAUGUGUGUAUGCAGGCCACCACUGGGUCUUCUGCGGGUCGACGACAUGGAUUUGGCGCCAUCCAACAGUGACCUCAACGAAGGCAUCGCUCCCUCCUAUUUGCAAGGCCAUGAGACGCUCCUCGGUCAUGAAGUUGGGGGUUUGAUGCAAUAGGUGGUGACAUGACGGACGACACAUUCGUGACAGACACGGCGCUGACGACGUCCGUGUGUCUGUAUUCUUUCUUUCAGGAUGGAGACUUUGAGGAUCACGGCAAGUGGCCUGCCGAUGAAUGGGCCAAUAGCCUGAUUGGCACCCAGCUGGAUGCUGAUGGUGCUCUCAUGCACCAGUACUGAGUGCAACUUGUGUGCGUGUGUAGUGAGUGGAUGUAUGUGUACGUGUGUAUGUUUGUGUGUGCAUGGAUGGAUGGAUGGAUUGACUGGAUGCAUGGCGACUGAUUGAAUGUACCUUCCACACCAUCGGCACGGAAGCGAUUGCAUGUCCCCCUUCCCUCCAGCCAGACACUACAGGCAGACAGAUAG